CUUGGCCCCCAGCUGAAGAGUCCUGCUCAAGCCUGGUCCCUGCAUCUGAGAAACUUCCUGGGGAACCACAUUCCAGAGGCGUCUGACCCUGUGAAACCCUCAUCCAUUUCCUGCCCUUUUCCCCACAGGGCCUGGGGGAAGGAUGUGGGGGACCAGGGCCUGCAUAGUCUUCCUCCUGGCGACCUCUGUGUGGGGGAGGCAGACGAUGCUUAGCCAGUCUGUGAGAAGAGUUCAGCCUGGAAGGAGGACCCCCAGUAUCUUUGCCAAGCCUGCUGAUGUCCUGGACGGUCCCGGUGAGUGGACAACCUGGUUCAACAUCGAUCACCCCGGUGGGAAGGGCGACUAUGAGCGGCUGGAUGCCAUUCGCUUCUAUUAUGGGGACCGUGUGUGUGCCCGGCCCCUGUGGCUGGAGGCUCGGACCACUGACUGGAUACCUGCCAGCAGCACUGGCCAGGUGGUUCAUGGCAGCCCUCUUGAAGGUUUCUGGUGCCUCAACCGGGAGCAGCACUCUGGCCGGAACUGCUCCAACUAUACUGUGCGCUUCUUCUGCCCUCCAGGGUCCCUGCGCCGAGAUGCAGAGCAAACCUGGAGCCCCUGGUCUCCCUGGAGCAAGUGCUCGGCUGCAUGUGGGCAAACUGGGGUUCAGACCCGUACACGCACCUGCCUGGCAGGGACGGUGUCGCUGUGCAGUGAGGCCACUGAAGAGGGUCAGCUCUGCGUGGGCCAGGACUGUGCAGCCUGUGACCUGCUCUGCCCUAUGGGCCAGGUGAAUGCUGACUGUGAUGCCUGCAUGUGCCAGGACUUUGUGCUGCAAGGGGCUGUCUCCCUCCCUGGGGGUGGCCCAGCCUCAAAGGCUACUGUCUACCUGCUGACCAAGACUCCUAAGCAAUUGACCCAGACGGACAGCAAUGGAAGGUUCCGUGUCCCUGGCUUGUGCCCUGAUGGCAAAAGCAUGCUGAAGAUCACCAAAACCAAGUUUGCCCCCAUCAUGCUCACCAUGCCUAAGACUAGCCUGAAGACUGCCUCCGUCAGCGCAGCGUUCAUGAGGGCAGAGACUCCGUAUGUCGUGAUGAAUCCAAAAACGAAAGCCCGAAGAGCUGGGCAAAGUGUGGCUCUCUGCUGCAAGGCCACGGGGAAGCCCAGUCCCAACAAGUAUUUCUGGUACCACAAUGACACGCUGCUGGACCCCUCGCUCUACAAGCAUGAGAGCAAGCUGACGCUGAGGAACCUGCAACAGGGCCAGGCUGGGGAGUACUUCUGCAAGGCCCAGAGUGACGCUGGGGCCGUGAAGUCCCAGAUUGCCCAGCUGACUGUCAUUGCCCCUGAGGAGAGCCCUUGUAACCCAACCCCUGAGAGCUACCUUCUCCGGCUGCCUCAUGACUGCUUCCAGAAUGCCACCAACUCCUUCUAUUACGAUGUGGGCUGCUGCCCGGUCAAGACCUGUGCGGGGCACCAAGAUAAUGGGAUCCGGUGCCAGGAUGCUGUGGAGAACUGCUGCGGGAUCUCCAAGACAGAGGAAAGGGAGAUCCAGUGUAGUGGCUACACGCUGCCCACUAAAGUGGCCACAGAGUGUAGCUGCCGGCAGUGUACAGAGACCCGGAGUAUCGUGCGGGGCCACGUCAGUGCUGCUGACAAUGGGGAGCCCAUGCGCUUUGGCCAUGUGUACAUGGGGGGCAGCCGUGUGAGCAUGACUGGCUACAAAGGCACGUUCACCCUCCACGUCCCCCAGGACACUGAGAGGCUGGUGCUCACCUUUGUGGACAGGCUGCAGAAGUUCGUCAAUACCACCAAAGUGCUGCCCUUCAACAAGAAGGGGAGUUCUGUGUUCCACGAGAUUAAGAUGCUGCGACGGAAAGAGCCCAUCACGCUGGAAGCCCUAGAGACCAACAUCAUCCCUCUGGGGGAGGUGAUUGGGGAAGACCCUGUGGCUGAGCUGGAGAUUCCAGCUAAGAGUUUCUACAGGCAGAACGGGGAGCCCUACACGGGGAAAGUGAAGGCCAGCGUGACCUUCCUGGACCCUCGAAACAUUUCCACAGCCACCGCCGCCCAGAGUGACCUGAACUUCAUCAAUGAUGAAGGAGAUACCUUCCCCCUUCGGACAUAUGGCAUGUUUUCUGUGGACUUCACAGAUGAGGCCAGUUCAGAGUCGCUCAAUGCUGGCAUGGUGAAGGUCCAUCUAGACUCAACCCAGGUCAAGAUGCCAGAGCACAUGCCCACAAUGAAACUCUGGUCACUCAACCCAGACACGGGGCUGUGGGAGGAGGAAGGGGACUUCAAAUUUGAAAGCCAAAGGCGGAACAAGAGGGAAGAGAGAACCUUCCUGGUGGGCAACGUGGAGAUCAGAGAGAGGAGGCUCUUUAACCUGGAUGUUCCUGAGAGCAGGAGGUGCUUUAUCAAGGUGAGGACCUACCGGAGCGAGAGGUUCUUGCCCAGUGAGCAAAUCCAGGGGGUUGUGGUCUCUGUAAUCAAUCUGGAGCCGAGGACUGGCUUCUCAUCCAACCCCAGGGCCUGGGGCCGCUUUGACAGUGUCGUCACUGGGCCCAGUGGAGCCUGCUUGCCUGCGUUCUGCGAUGACCAGUCCCCUGAUGCCUACUCUGCUUAUGUCUUGUCAAGCCUGGCUGGAGAGGAACUAGAAGCAGUGUCAUCUUCUCCUAAGUUCAACCCGAAUGCUAUUGGUGUCCCCCAGCCUUACCUCAACAAGCUUAAGUACCGGCGGACAGACCACGAGGACCCGCAGGUUAAAAAGACAGCUUUCCAGAUUAGCAUGGCCAAGCCAAGACCCAACUCGGCUGAAGAGAGCAAUGGGCCCAUCUAUGCCUUCGAAAACCUGCGGGCAUGCGAGGAGGCGCCACCUAGUGCGCCCCACUUCCGGUUCUACCAGAUCGAGGGAGAUCGAUAUGACUAUAACACAGUCCCCUUCAACGAGGAUGAUCCCAUGAGCUGGACCGAAGACUACCUUACAUGGUGGCCCAAACCAAUGGAAUUCAGGGCCUGCUACAUCAAGGUGAAAAUCGUGGGGCCGCUGGAGGUGAAUGUGCGGUCUCGCAAUAUGGGGGGCACACACCGGCAGACAGUGGGGAAGCUGUACGGGAUCCGCGAUGUGAAGAGCACACGGGACAGGGAUCAGCCCAACAUCUCAUCUGCCUGCCUGGAGUUCAAGUGCAGCGGGAUGCUCUAUGACCAGGACCGGGUGGACCGCACCCUGGUGAAGGUUAUUCCCCAGGGCAGCUGCCAACGAGCCAGUGUGAACCCUAUGCUGCACGAGUACCUGGUCAACCACCUGCCACUGGCAGUCAACAAUGACACCAGUGAGUACACCAUGCUGGCGCCCCUCGACCCAUUAGGCCACAACUACGGCAUCUAUACCGUCACUGACCAGGACCCGCACACAGCCAAAGAGAUCGCGCUUGGCCGGUGCUUUGAUGGAACCUCCGACGGCUCCUCCCGUGUCAUGAAAAGCAACGUGGGCGUGGCCCUCACCUUCAACUGCAUCGAGAGGCAGGUGGGCCGCCAGAGUGCAUUCCAGUACCUCCAAAGCACCCAGGCUCGGCCACCUGCCCCAGGCACGACCCGAGGAAGACUGGCGACCAGGAGGCAGCAGCGGGCAAGUCGGGCUGGCCAGCGUAGGCGAGGAGGGAUGUCUUCUCUGAGGCUUUCCAGGGUUGCCCAACAGCCGCUGAGCAACUGAGUUUUCUGGUGGUCUGUCCUGUGACAGCCAUUGUGAGACUGACCGCUGUCACCUGGUUAACUUAAGCACAUCUGU